CAACUUCAACUCUCCGCGAUUCUCGUACCUGCAAUAGGCUCCGCACUAUUGACAUGCCUGACUACCAGGAGAUGGACACCAUUCUUGAAAAGCUUCGGCAGCUGUUCAAAAAUCUUCCCUUGAAGAUGCCACAAAGAAACGGCGCUGAACGGACAAAUUCGAUGAUUACAUGGUUCAACUCUCCUCUUCGUGGUAACCAGAAGGUAUCAACAGUUGUUGAUAUGAUUCAGGUGGGACAGUGGUACGGUAUCCACAUGAAGCCUGACAAGAAACCGGGUCGGCGCCCAGCAGUCAAAUUUCGCGAGAUCCAGAAGGAUGUAUUGGAGAAGAUCCAGUCUAAUACCAAGAAAAGCGGUACUUCAGAAGAAAGUGAUGCAGAAUCAGAAACAGACGACGACAGCGAUGACGACGACGACGCAGUUUCCGGAAAUACAACGGUUGAGGCACCGCGUGAGAAGGAAUUCAAGAUAGAUCCUGAUAUUGACCUUGCAUCACCAUCCCUUUUGGACCUUGUCAGCUCCGAACCCGUUGUAGAGGUGUCCUCUUUAGACAAAGUUCCUGUAUCAUCCUUGAGUGACAUGGAUGAUCUGGAGGACGUGGAUUGGGCUUGGUAGGAAUGCAAGGCAGUAUUUAACACCAUUUAACACCAUUUAACAUUAGAAUUAAAUUUAACGUGGUUGUUAUAUACAAUCUAACGUGUUAUUA